UCCGAUUGUUUCCAGCCAGUAACACGGCUCUAGUGCGACAUAAAAUUUUUUGCAACAACUGGAUAUAACCUUUGAAUCAACUUGAAAUUAAAAAACAACCAGUUUUAUAAAUCUUUUAAUGAACAGAAACAGGUAAGCAGAAGCGUCCGACAUGAUGCCCGCUUACUUUUCCCCACAUGUUUUUAAAUAUUAUUAGUUGUUUACAGUUGUUUCUUUAUUUGUGGUUGUUAUUAAUUUAAUGUUAUUAACCGAAACUUAUUAAGUUAUUAGAAAUGGGUAAAAAGAAGUCAAUGAAAAUUACAGCCAAACAAAGCUUUGACGUACACUCAAAAUACGAAGCUUUUUUUACUGGUGGUAAAGUCCAAUUUUCUUGUAAUGGAAAGUAUAUUCUGAGUAUAUGCCAGGAUAAUUUAAAAUUAUUUGAUAUAGAGAGUGGCACAACAAGUAAUGCCAUUGAAAAUUUAGAAGGAGAGGAAAUAGCUUCUUUUUUACUGGCUGCUGAUGAUGAAACAUUAGUAACUGCUUCCAGAAAUGGUAUUAUGAGGAUAUGGCAUUUAUCCACCAAAGAAAUCGUAAAAUCUUGGAAGUCUGUACAUAUAGGUCCCAUAAGCUGUAUGGCCUUUGACUCAACCAAUACAUUAUUAGCUACAGGUGGCUCUGACUCAACGAUAAAAGUUUGGGAUACUUUUAGAAAGUAUUACACUCAUAACCUUAAAGGCGGUAAAGGUGUCUAUAGUAAAGUAUGUUUUCAUAAUAUUGACUCCAAGAUUCAUGUUUUUGGUACUGCUGAUGAUUAUGAAAUCCAUGUUUGGAAUCUUCAUACGAGUGAACUUGUUACUUCCCUGUCUGGCCACUUCAGCUCUGUGACCGAACUCGUUUUUACAAAAGAUAGACGGCUGUUAAGCUCAAGUAGAGACAAGGUUGUGCUGUUGUGGGAUCUUUCUACGUUUAAGCUUUUGAAGACUAUUCCAGUAUUUGAGACUGUUGAAUCUUGUAUAUUACUUCCUGAAAAAAUUGUUUUGCCGAAUACAUCUUUAUCAAGUUCUGACACUUAUUUUGUUACUGCUGGUGAUAAAGGAAUAUUGAGGGUUUGGAGUACGUUAUCUGGAACAUGUAUAUUUGAACAGAGUGAUUCCUUAAUUAUGUUGCCUGAAGAUUCAUCUUAUGAAGGUCCAUUAAUAACGCAAGCUGUUUACAUCCCUGCUUUAGAAGUUCUAGCUGUGAUAUCUUUUGAACAAAAUAUACUGUUCUACACGUUGGAUAAUUUCUCCAUUAAAAAUCAAUUUAUAGGUUACAAUGAUGACAUUCUAAGCAUCAAGUUUGUUGGUAAGAAAGACGAGCACAUUGCUGUUGCCACUAAUAGCUCUCACAUCAAAGUAUUUCAACUGCCAUCUUUCAAUUGUCAGCUUUUAAAAGGACAUCAUGACAUUGUCAUGAGUUUAGAUUCUUUCCCUAAGCACAAAGACAUUCUUAUUAGUGGUUCAAAGGAUAAUAAUGUUAAAGUUUGGUUUGUUGGCUCUGACUCUCCGAUCAAUGCUGAAUAUACUGGAUUUGGUCAUACAGAUUCAGUUACUGCCAUUUGCUGCUGCAAGGGAAAGAGAAGAUUCUUUGCAUCUGGUUCUGAAGACACGACCUUAAAGCUUUGGGAAGUCCCCGAGUCGAAACCAGUAGUGGCCACAAAGCCACUAUUGAGUCCUUACUGCACCGUGAAAGCUCAUGAUAAACUAAUUAAUGAUAUUGAUAUCUCUGAAAAUGAUAAAUUUCUUGUUACUGGUUCUCAAGAUCAUACUGCUAAAAUUUGGGAUUCUUCUGAUCUGUGUCUUAUGGGUACUUUAAGAGGUCACAAAAAAGGAGUUUGGUGUGUGAAAUUUUCACCCGUUGAUUUAGCAGUGGCAACAUGCUCUGGAGAUGAAACUAUAAGAAUAUGGUCAAUAAAUGAUUUUUCAUGUCUAAGGGUUUUUCAAGGACAUGAAGCAACAGUUUUGCAAGUUGUUUUCUUAAGUAGGGGUACUCAAAUCUUAUCUAGUGCUUCUGAUGGCAAUAUAAAAUUAUGGGAUAUUAAAAAUAGCCUGUGUACAAAGACCCUAUCAGAGCAUGAUCUUAGAGUGUGGACUUUGGCAGUGUCUUCUAAUGAAGAAUAUGUUGUAUCGGGAGGAGCAGAUUCCAAUGUCAUAGUUUGGAAAGAUACUACAAAAGUAGAAAAAGAAAAGGAGAUCUCUGAUAAGGAAGAGUAUUUAGUUCAAGAACAAGAACUUGUGAAUUUAGUUUACAAAGAGAAGUGGAUUAAAGCUUUAGGAUUAGCAAUUACAUUGGAUAAACCAUACCAGGCAUUUAUUAUAAUUCAAGAAAUUCUAAACAAAAAUGGAGAGGAAACUCUAGAAACUGUUUUUUCUACAUUGCGUCAAGAUCAAAAAGAAGCGCUACUGAAGUUCUCUGGAGAUUGGGUCACAAAUGCAAAAACAUUCUAUCCAGCUGUAUUAAUUUUGAACAUGAUUUACAACAGUCAUGAUUGUGAGGAGCUGUUGAAAUUGCCGAAUAUCUCUACUUACAUUCGGGAUGCCUUGCCAUAUUUAGACAGACAUUUCAAGCGUUUGAAUAAACGAUGCCAAGACAUGCAGAUACUCAACUUUUUAUGCUCUCAUUUCAAGAUAACCAACCAAAUGGUACCUACAGACUCGUCCAUGGAACAGUGAGUAAGCAGAGCUAUAAUUAUUGAUGAUGUAAAGAACUUUUGUAAAUAGUAUUAAAAUAAAUAUUUUUAUUCUAUAA